AUGGAUGAAACAGACCCAGAAAUUUUGACUGAUUCAACUACUGCAUCAGGUGCAAAUUUGACGACUACACAAGAACAAAUAACCGGUCCACGUGUAUGUAAAGUGUGUGGUGGUGCUGCUCAGUAUUCAUAUUAUGGAGCUGUAGUAUGUCAUUCUUGUAAAGUAUUCUUUAGACGAAAUGCAGAAAGUCGAUCGGUACCAUCUAAAUGUAAUUUUGGUGAUCAUUGUGAAAUUAAUAUUAAUAGUCGUCGAGCAUGUUCACAUUGUCGACUGGCUAAAUGUUUUGAAAGUGGAAUGAAUAUUGAAAUGAUUCGAUCUUCUUGGAAUAAUGAAACUAAGAAAAAACAAAAAGAAAGACGAACAACUGAUUCAACAUCAUCAGCAGUAUCAGCUAAACCUAUUGAAACAAAUCAACCUGAAGUGCUUCCUACAUUAAAUCUCUUACAAGCAGAUCAAUCUACAUUAACCGUUGAUCAAUGGAAUCAUCUUUCGAAUUUAGUGCAUUGCUUCGAUGAAUAUAGUGGAUUUUCACUUGUACAAGAUUUUAUUAACGAGCAAACUACAUUACCACCAAAAUUUCGUUUUAAAUAUACAUCAGUUACUAAGUUCUUUACAUCGAUGAUGGGUAAUGUUCAAUUAGUAUUUGAAAAGAAUCGUGAUCUUCUUUCAUUAUCUUCAAGUGAUCGUACUGCAUUACUUCGUGAUACAGUAGAAUAUACAACAAGUGUUGGUGGAGCUUAUAUAUUACGGCAAGCUCACCUGUUCGAUUAUCCGGCUUUUUCUGAAUCUGCUGAACUUAUUUUUCGACCAGCUGCAGUAGCUGCAACUAAACGUUUAAUUGAUCAACUCGAUCCAGAUAUUAUAUUUAUGAAAAUUAUCUGUGCAGUUAUUGCCUUCUUAGUAUCAAAUUAUACAGUCUACUCAUCAGAAACCGUAUCUCAUAAUUUACCAGAUGCCAUAAAAAUCAUUCGUGUUCAAGAUAUGUAUACAGAACUAGUAUGGCGUUAUUUACUCUAUAAACAUAAUGCCCAAGAUGCUGUUUUAUGUUUUACGAAUUUACUUCGUUGUCUAUUACUUGUCCAUGAUUCAAUUGUUAAAUCCCAUGAAGCACGACAAUUUAAUGAAUUAAUGGACAAUGUUGUUGAAUCAACUGAACAUAAACUAAAUCUUCAAAAAUGA